UUGGGUUUGCUUGUCCUGUCAUUUUCUUGGCGGUUAUGGGUUUUUGUGGGUUUUGGCCGCGUCCCUCAAGGUUGGUACUUGACAUUUGAGCCUCGUGUCCAAUGUGCUAUCAACGUUCAGUAGUACUAUAUGAAGAGUCUUUGAUCUUUAUAGUUUUUAGCUCAUUCACAUAAGGUUUUGUUUACUGAAAACAUUACUUACACCAAAUUCUUCUCAAGAUCAUGACAUGGGUGUUCUAAAGCUUGGUUGAAUUUGUGAUCUAAUCCAUUUGGGUUUUCAUGAAGUAGGUUCUUAGUUCUGCAUUUUCAUGUCGGUCGGUAUAUAAGCUUUCUUUGCAUAAGAGUGAGUAUUACUGGUGACGUUUGCUAUAUUCAGCUAUCUGGGUUUUCUCGAUUUUGAUUUAAAACUGUUAUAUUCAAAGUUUCAUCUGGGUCUUGAGUGUUUCUAUAUCUGCUUGCAAAGUCUCUAUACUUUCCCCAGAUUCAGUAUCCAAAAAUGCUGCAGUUAGGCCCUCAAUUUCCCAUUGAGAAGAAAAAUUCUAAGAAUGUCUCUGAAAAUGGAAGCCCAACUCGCAAGAAACCAAAAACUUGUGAAAUUGCUUACCCAAGUACUAUAAUGCCUGUGGCAAUAGACAAUGUUAUGAAUGGCAAUUUCAAGACCCAACUGUGCUCAAAGUUCAGAUUUGGACAUUGUAGGUAUGGAAACAAAUGUUUCUUUGCCCAUGGCAAUCAUGAAGUGAGGCACUGCCUGCCUAAUUUGCAACUGCAAAGGCCUAUAGUCAUUGAGAAUGGAUUGGGCAGGGUUUGGAAUGGGGUAAAUAGAAUGGCAAAUCUAUCAAAUGUCUGCAAAAUGUUCUAUUUCAGGCAAGAAUGUACAUAUGGGGAUAAGUGCAAGUUCCUUCAUGGAGUUCCUGACAACAGUAUGAAGAGAGGUUCGGGGUAUUGUAGGGAAAAUUCAUCUAUAAGCAUUAAAAGCAGAGGAAUUUCAGGGGAUAACAGAAGUGGGUUUGCAAGCUUAAAGCCAGUGAUCAAAAAGUACAGGCUCUGUAACAAGUGGAAGAUGACAGGAAGCUGCCCAUAUGGAAAGAUGUGUUGCUUUGCUCAUGGAUUUGCAGAACUGGAGAAGCCUGCUGGCCACAUUGAAUUGGUAUCUGGGUUUUUGCCUGCUAAGACUCCAAAUAUUCUUCUUCCUAGGGGCAAGGAUAUGAGUAGGACAUGUCAUAAGCGACAACCGGAAGGCAUGGAGUGCACACUCAAGCUCAAAGAAGUAAAGAAAAUUAGUGGCAUCUAUGCUGAUUGGAUUGAAGAUAUGCCCUUUCUUGCAUAACUCGUUGAAAAUUAUCCUUGUCAGAGGCAGGAAUUGUCAAUCAGAUGUGUCAGUUGUUGUAGUAAUGACCUCUUAAUGCGAGGAUAUGAUAUUUUAAAUGCUUAACAUGUCUAUUUUCGAAGUGGCAUGCUAUACUAGGAGACUCGGAUCUCUUGAUUUGAAAC